UUUUAUCUGUCAGAUUAAACACAACAGAAUAACAUUGCAGCUGCCCUCAGAUUAUUCCUUCUUCAACUAUUGAAAUAUUUUUCGCUAAGUUCCCAUAUGCCAAGUUAUGACUGAGGCUCAUUUAUCAGACGACUAACAAGGUAUUGAAAGCAGUCAGGGUUGGCUACUAACUGAUCAAAUCAUUUUACCUUAGAACACUAACGAGGUUCUUAGAAGUUUGAAGGACCCAGAAGACUGUUGUUCUAUCAUCCAACCACUGGGGUUUUUCAGUGAUGGUUAUCAGCGAGAAACUAUCUUCACUUAAGCUGGUCCUGGAACUAAACUGUGAGUGAUGGCCUGAUACUAGACUGGUACUACACUUAAAAUGGAACUUUCCUUAAAAUUCAUAGCACAGACAGGGAAAUUAAAAUGACAUUGUCUAAAAAUGAGGCUUGCGAGUCCUGUCAGACUAUGGAGAGGAUACAGAACUGCCAUUUCACUAGUGGCACUGGGAUUCAUGGUCACCUGUAUGCUGCUGAAUUUUCAACAACAGGACAACACUGGAGACAUUUUCAGUGAUUAUGAACUGCGAUUUGGAGAUAAAGGUGAAGACCCCAAGCAGCAGCUGGAUGGUGGUAACCUUCAUGCACUGUGGAAACACAAUGCACUGGUGAAGAUAGAUCGCAGGCCCCAGGCUCACUUUGGUGGUGAUAAUGUAAAGGGCUGGGAGAGUAAUGAUGACUUAAGAGUGGAACAUGAUAAUGGCUUAGAGGGAAAGGUAUUCAGAAAUGCUGGAAACUCUGUAAUUACACACACAAGAAGGGAAACCAAUUUGACUUUACCAUCAAUGCACAACAGUGAACAGCAACAAAACGACCAUGAGACAUAUAGUGAUUACGAUGACAUUGAAAAGUUUUCUGUGGAUGUGAAACAAUCAAGAAAUAAAGAAAAUGAUGAAAGUGAUGAAGAUGAAGAUGAUGAUGAUGGUGAUUAUGAAGAAGAAGAUUUUGAUGAUGAAUAUAAUGAAAAAUUAUUAGAAAAUCCAAAUACCCAUGCACAUCAAAACAUAAAAAUAGGAAAAACACCCUCAUAUCCUCUUCUUCCAACUAAAAAUUCCAUAAAAAAUCAUGAAGAGGAAGCUUUUCCCUUUCUUGGCAUGGGCAAGACAGAUCAAAGGCACAUGGAACUUUUAAAUGGUAAACAGCAUUUUGAGAAUAGAAAUGGGCCUUCAAUUGCUUGGGGUAAAUCAGGAAAAAGCCAAAGCAAAAUGUCAUCACCCCUAUCCAAGUAUAAUUCCUUGAUGAUAUCAACAAAACCACCCCAAGUCUCUCAGCACCUGCCAAAAGGAGGAAAACAUCAGCUGCUCAAUGAAAGGCAUGGGAAUGUGCAAUCUCUGCAAAAUGAUAAGCCUGGUGCUUGGGAUUCAUCACCAGCAAACGGAUCUGUGAUACAAAAAGAAUUAAAACAAAAGAUAGAUACUGCAAAAAACCAAAGUGAUUUUCAAAUUGUAGAGGACAGAAUUUAUUGGUCAACUACAGUGGAGAGCAUGGUGCCAAAAGGUAAUACCAAAACAGAUAUAAUGAAAUAUCUUGAUGUAAGAAAAUCAGAAGUUUUACAAGUCUCCACUCCAAGUUGGAAUAAAUGUGGUCGACUUCCCAACCAACAUGUAGUUUUUAGCAAUGGGAUGUCAGCAUGUGCCAGGUACAGGGAUCCCCACAACAAGCUGGUCUUAGGAGAGGUGCUGUCAUAUUACCUUGCAGGCCUUCUUGGUCUGGAUAAUGUGCCAAUAGUUGUUUUGUCAGAAGUGGACAGUACAGUCUCUCAGUGGCAGCAGCAACGUAAACAGAUACAGCAGGCCCACUGGAAGGAAGGGAAGAUAGUAGCUUUUAUCCAAUGGAUUGAUAACCUGAAUGGAGAAAGAUCCCGUGUUAAGAUGCCAUAUUGUCUGCUCAAUGCCUUUACUAGCCAUAGAGUGGUAGAUAGAAACAGUCCUUUUCUGCAGACUCUUUCUACCAGUGGUCUAAUACACCUCCUGCAGUGGGGAGAAAUGAUAAUAUUUGAUUAUAUCACAGGGAACUAUGACAGAGUUGCAAGUAUGCAGGAUGGAGCAGAUAAGGAAAGCAAGCCCAGUAUAAUGCAUGAAAACAUUAGGAAUUUAAGAAGAAUUCCAAAGACAAACAAAUUCUGGCUGAUAGAUAAUGAAAGUGGUCUCUUUGAUGCUUAUGAUUUAAUGUACAGGGGAGCCAAAACAGACCAAAGAUUCCAGCAAUUCCAUGAACAGACAUUAAAAUUACUCUGCAUUUUUAGGAGGAGAAUUGUUGAAAAUAUAUUUGAUUUGCUCAAAAAUCCAAAUCCUGAACAAACUCUGUUACAAUAUGCCAUAAACCAUGAACCAUUAUUCAAGAAAUUGUCAUCAACUUUAACUGUAAAGGACAACUACAUUUUCUUAAGUAGAUUCAAAGAAAGAGUUGAAGAUGUGGCAACAUGGAUAAACUAUUGCAAAAAUAGAGAAUAAAUAAUUUCUGAAUUUUG